AUGGCGACCCUAGAAAAGCUGAUGAAGGCCUUCGAAUCCCUCAAGUCCUUUCAGCAGCAACAGCAGCAGCAGCAGCAGCAGCAGCCUCCGCCGCCGCCUCAGCCUGUUCAGGCGCUGCCGCAGGCGCAGCCGCCGCUGCCUCAGCCGCAGCCGCCGCCGCCCCCGCCGCCCCCGCCGCCCCCCGGCCCGGCCGUGGCCGAGGAGCCACUGCAUCGACCAAAGAAAGAACUCUCAGCCACCAAGAAAGACCGCGUGAACCAUUGUCUGACAAUAUGUGAAAACAUAGUGGCACAGUCACUCAGAAAUUCUCCAGAAUUUCAGAAACUUCUGGGCAUCGCUAUGGAACUUUUUCUGCUGUGCAGUGAUGAUGCAGAGUCAGAUGUCCGGAUGGUGGCUGACGAGUGCCUCAACAGAGUCAUAAAGGCCCUGAUGGACUCCAAUCUUCCGAGGCUACAGUUAGAACUCUAUAAGGAAAUCAAAAAGAACGGUGCUCCCCGGAGCCUGCGCGCCGCCUUGUGGAGGUUUGCUGAACUGGCUCACCUGGUCCGGCCUCAGAAGUGCAGGCCUUACUUGGUAAACCUUUUGCCUUGCCUGACUCGAAUAAGCAAGAGACCUGAGGAAUCUGUUCAGGAGACCUUGGCUGCAGCUGUACCCAAAAUUAUGGCUUCUUUUGGCAAUUUUGCAAAUGACAAUGAAAUUAAGGUUCUAUUAAAGGCUUUCAUAGCAAAUCUGAAGUCAAGCUCCCCGACCAUUCGGCGGACGGCGGCUGGCUCAGCGGUGAGCAUCUGCCAGCACUCAAGAAGGACGCAGUAUUUUUAUAGCUGGCUACUAAAUGUGCUCUUAGGUUUGCUGGUCCCUGUUGAGGGUGAACAUUCUACCCUCCUGAUUCUUGGAGUGCUGCUCACACUGAGAUACCUGGUGCCCUUGCUGCAGCAGCAGGUCAAGGACACGAGCCUGAAAGGCAGCUUUGGGGUGACACGGAAAGAACUGGAAGUCUCCCCCUCGACAGAGCAGCUUAUCCAGGUUUAUGAGCUGACCUUGCACUACACUCAGCACCAAGACCACAAUGCUGUGACCGGUGCGCUGGAGCUCCUGCAGCAGCUGUUCAGGACGCCGCCACCCGAGCUCCUGCAGGCCCUGAGCACGCCGGGCGGCGGGCCGCUCACCGCCGCACACCGCCAGCCCGGCUGCCGGAGCCGUAGCGGCAGCAUCGUGGAGCUGCUAGCUGGAGGGGGUUCUUCAUGCAGCCCUGUCCUUUCAAGAAAACAAAAAGGGAAAGUGCUCUUCGGAGAAGCAGCGGCCUUGGAGGAUGACUCUGAGUCCAGGUCGGAGGGCAGCAGCCCCGCCUUCACAGCCUCAGUCAAGGGUGAGAUUGGUGGCGAGCUGGCUGCCUCUUCCGGGGUCUCCACUCCUGGCUCUGCCAGUUCAGCCACCGACUCUGUGGGCCACGACAUCAUCACCGAGCAGCCCCGGUCACAGCACACGCUGCAGCCAGACUCGGUGGAUCUGACCGGCUGUGACCUGGCGAGCGCUGCCACCGAUGGGGAUGAGGAGGACAUCCUGAGCCACAGCUCCAGCCAGAUCAGUGCCGUCCCGUCCGACCUGGCCAUGGACCUGAACGAUGGCACCCAGGCCUCCUCCCCAGUCAGCGACAGCUCCCAGACCACCACCGAGGGGCCUGAUUCGGCUGUGACCCCUUCAGACAGUUCUGAAAUUGUGUUAGAUGGUGCCGACAGCCAGCAUUCGGGGAUGCAGAUCGGACAGCCACCCGACGAGGAUGAGGAAGCCACGGGCAUUCUUCCGGAUGAAGACGUGGAUGCUUUCCGAAGCUCUUCAGUUGCCCUGCAGCAAGCACAUUUAUUGAAAAGUAUGGGCCACAGCAGGCAGCCCUCUGACAGCAGUAUAGAUAAAUUUAUCUCCAGAGAUGAAGCUGCCGAACCAGGAGAUCAAGAAAACAAGCCUUGCCGGAUCAAAGGUGACAUAGGACAGUCUACCGACGACGAUUCUGUUCCUCUUGUCCAUUGUGUCCGCCUUCUCUCUGCUUCAUUUUUGCUGACUGGGGAAAAAAAUGUGCUGGUUCCGGACAGGGACGUGAGGGUCAGCGUGAAGGCGCUGGCACUCAGCUGUGUGGGGGCAGCCGUGGCCCUUCAUCCUGAGUCUUUCUUCAGCAAACUUUAUAAAGUACCUCUUGACACCAUGGAGUACCCUGAGGAGCAGUAUGUGUCAGACAUCCUGAACUACAUCGACCACGGAGACCCCCAGGUCAGAGGAGCCACGGCCGUUCUCUGUGGGACCCUCAUCGCCUCCAUUCUCAGCAGGUCCCGCUUCCAAGUGGGAGACUGGAUGAGCACCAUCAGGGCCCUGACAGGAAAUACAUUUUCUCUGGCGGACUGCAUUCCUUUGCUGCAGAAAACUCUGAAGGAUGAAUCUUCUGUGACUUGCAAGCUGGCUUGUACAGCUGUGAGGCACUGUGUCAUGAGUCUCUGCAGCAGUAGCUAUAGUGAAUUGGGAUUACAGCUGAUCACCGACAUGCUGACCUUGAGGGAUAGUUCCUACUGGCUGGUGAGGACAGAGCUUUUGGAAACUCUUGCAGAGAUUGACUUUAGGUUGGUGAGCUUUUUGGAGGCAAAAGCAGAAAACCUGCACAGAGGGGCCCAUCAUUACACAGGGCUUUUAAAACUGCAAGAACGAGUGUUGCAUGAUGUUGUCAUCUAUCUGCUCGGGGACGAGGACCCCAGGGUGCGGCACGUUGCUGCAGCAGCUUUGAUGAGGCUUGUCCCAAAGCUAUUCUAUAAGUGCGACCAAGGGCAAGCUGACCCCGUCGUGGCUGUGGCGAGGGAUCAAAGCAGUGUUUACCUGAAGCUCCUCAUGCAUGAGACGCAGCCUCCCUCUCACUUCUCCGUCAGCACCAUCACCAGAAUAUACAGAGGCUAUAACUUACUGCCGAGCAUGACGGACGUCACUGUGGAAAACAACCUCUCCAGAGUCAUCGCGGCAGUUUCCCGCGAACUGGUCACGUCCACCACGCGUGCGCUCACAUUUGGAUGCUGCGAAGCUCUGUGUCUCCUUUCAACCACCUUUCCCGUCUGCAUUUGGAGUUUAGGUUGGCAUUGUGGGGUGCCCCCGCUGAGCACCUCUGAUGAGUCGAGAAAGAGCUGUACUGUUGGCAUGGCCACAAUGGUCCUCACCUUGCUCUCGUCAGCUUGGUUCCCACUGGAUCUCUCAGCCCAUCAGGAUGCUUUGGUUUUAGCCGGAAACUUGCUUGCAGCCAGUGCCCCUAAAUCUCUGAGAAGUUCCUGGACCUCCGAAGAAGAGGCCAACCCAACAGCUGCCAAGCAGGAAGAGGUCUGGCCAGCUCUGGGUGACCGGACCCUGGUGCCCAUGGUGGAACAGCUCUUCUCCCACCUGCUGAAGGUGAUUAAUAUCUGUGCUCACGUCUUGGACGAUGUGGCUCCGGGACCAGCAAUGAAGGCAGCCUUGCCGUCUCUGACAAAUCCUCCUUCUCUAAGUCCCAUCCGACGAAAGGGAAAGGAGAAAGAACCCGGAGAGCCGGCCUCUGUGCCCUUGAGCCCCAAGAAAGGCAGUGAAGCCAGUCCAGCCUCUCGACAAUCUGAUGCCCCAGGGCCUGUUACAGCAAAUAAGUCUUCUUCGCUGGGGAGUUUCUGUCACCUGCCUUCGUACCUCAAAUUGCAUGACGUCCUGAAAGCUACUCACGCCAACUACAAGGUAACCUUGGAUCUUCAGAACAGCACUGAAAAGUUUGGGGGCUUUCUGCGCUCUGCCUUGGAUGUUCUCUCUCAGAUCCUAGAGCUGGCGACGCUGCAGGACAUCGGGAAGUGUGUUGAGGAGAUCCUAGGGUAUCUGAAAUCCUGUUUCAGCCGAGAACCGGUGAUGGCAACCGUUUGCGUUCAGCAGCUGCUGAAGACUCUCUUUGGGACAAACUUGGCCUCCCAGUUUGAUGGCUUAUCCUCCAACCCCAGCAAGUCUCAAGGCCGAGCACAGCGUCUGGGCUCCUCCAGCGUGAGGCCGGGCUUGUACCACUACUGCUUCAUGGCUCCAUACACCCACUUCACCCAGGCCUUAGCCGACGCCAGCCUGAGGAACAUGGUGCAGGCGGACCAGGACCACGACACUUCAGGGUGGUUUGACGUGCUUCAGAAGGUGUCUACCCAGCUGAAGACCAACCUCACGAGCGCCACAAAGAACCGCGCAGAUAAGAAUGCUAUUCAUAAUCACAUCCGCUUGUUCGAGCCUCUGGUUAUUAAAGCUUUGAAGCAGUACACCACCACCACGUCCGUGCGGCUGCAGAGGCAGGUUCUGGACUUGCUGGCGCAGCUGGUGCAGUUACGCGUCAACUACUGUCUUCUGGACUCGGACCAGGUGUUUAUUGGAUUUGUGCUGAAGCAGUUUGAAUACAUUGAAGUAGGCCAGUUCAGGGAAUCAGAGGCAAUUAUUCCAAACAUCUUUUUCUUCCUGGUAUUACUAUCUUACGAACGCUAUCAUUCAAAACAGAUCAUUGGAAUUCCUAAAAUCAUUCAGCUCUGUGAUGGCAUCAUGGCCAGUGGGAGGAAGGCUGUGACACAUGCCAUACCAGCUCUGCAGCCAAUAGUCCAUGACCUCUUUGUACUGAGAGGAACCAAUAAAGCCGACGCAGGAAAAGAGCUUGAAACCCAAAAAGAGGUGGUGGUGUCGAUGCUGCUGAGACUCAUCCAGUACCAUCAGGUGUUGGAGAUGUUCAUCCUGGUCCUGCAGCAGUGCCACAAGGAGAAUGAAGACAAGUGGAAGCGACUGUCUCGGCAGAUAGCCGACGUCAUCCUCCCGAUGUUAGCCAAGCAGCAGAUGCACAUUGAUUCUCAUGAAGCCCUUGGAGUGUUAAAUACUUUAUUUGAGAUUCUGGCCCCUUCCUCCCUCCGUCCCGUGGACAUGCUUUUACGGAGUAUGUUUGUCACUCCAGAUACAAUGGCAUCUGUGAGCACUGUUCAACUGUGGAUCUCAGGAAUCCUAGCCAUUUUGAGGGUUCUAAUUUCCCAGUCAACUGAAGAUAUUGUUCUUUCUCGUAUUCAGGAGCUCUCCUUCUCCCCAUAUUUAAUCUCCUGUCCAAUAAUUGAUAGGUUAAGAGAUGGGGACAGUACUUCAACACCAGAAGAACACAACGAAGGGAGACAAAUCAAGAGUUUGCCAGAGGAAACAUUUUCAAGGUUUCUACUACAACUAGUUGGCAUUCUUUUGGAGGAUAUUGUUACAAAACAGCUAAAAGUGGAAAUGAGUGAACAGCAACAUACUUUCUAUUGUCAAGAACUAGGCACGCUUCUAAUGUGUCUGAUCCACAUCUUCAAGUCUGGAACGUUCCGGAGAAUCACGGCGGCUGCCUCGAGGCUCUUCGCGGCGGACCGCGCCGAUGGCACUUUCUACGGCCUGGAGAGGCUGAAUGCGCGCGUGCGCACCAUGCUGCCCACGCACCCGGCGCUCGUGCUGCUCUGGUGCCAGAUCCUGCUGCUCGUCAGCCACACUGACUACCGCUGGUGGGCAGAGGUGCAGCAGACCCCCAGGAGACGCAGUCUGUCCAGUACGAAGUCACUCAGCCCCCAGGUGCCUGGAGAGGAGGACCCUGAUGCAGCCAGCCCGGUGGACGGCCUGCGCGUCCCGGGCUCGGCGAGGGGAGCGCUCAUUCCCGUCAGGGACAGAGUCUGUCAGAACCUACACGAUUCAGAGCACUUAACGUGGCUCAUUGUGAAUCACAUCCAGGACCUGAUCAAUCUAUCCCACGAGCCCCCCGUGCAGGAUUUUAUCAGUGCUGUUCAUCGGAACUCCGCUGCCAGUGGCCUCUUCAUCCAGGCGAUUCAGUCUCGUUGUGAAAACCUUUCAACCCCUACCACCCUGAAGAAGACGCUUCAGUGCUUAGAAGGGAUCCACCUCAGCCAGUCGGGCGCCGUGUUAACACUGUAUGUGGACAAGCUUUUGUGCACUCCGUUCCGUGUGCUGGCUCGCAUGGUCGACACUCUAGCCUGUCGCCGGGUGGAAAUGCUUCUGGCUGCAAAUUUACAGAGCAGCACGGCCCAGCUGCCAGUGGAGGAGCUCAGCAGGAUCCAGGAAUACCUUCAGAGCAGCGGCCUGGCUCACAGACACCAGAGGCUCUACUCCCUGCUGGACAGGCUUCGUCUUGCCACCGCACCUGGCUCAUGUGGCCCUUCUCCUCCAGUCACGUCCCACCCGCUGGACGGGGAUGGGCCCCUGGCACUGGAGACCGUGAUUCCAGACAAAGACUGGUACCUACGUCUAGUCAAAUCCCAGUGCUGGACUAGGUCGGAUUCUGCGCUGCUGGAAGGGGCAGAACUGGUGAAUCGGAUUCCUCCCAGUGACAUGAGUACAUUCAUGAUGAACUCGGAAUUCAACUUAAGCCUGCUGGCCCCAUGCCUGGGCCUGGGCAUGCGCGAAAUCUCUGGAGGCCAGAGGAGCCCCCUUUUUGAGGCAGCCCGCCUGGCCACUCUGGACCGCGUGAGCGGCCUGGUCCGGCAGCUCCCUGCCACCCACCGCGUUCUCCAGCCGUUCCUGCCUGUGGAGCCCACCGCCUACUGGAACAAGUUGAAUGAUCUAUUUGGGGAUGCUGUGUUGUACCGGUCCUUGACCACUCUGGCCCGGGCCCUGGCCCAGUACCUGCUGGUGUUCUCCAAACUGCCCAGCCAUUUGCACCUCCCUCCUGAGAAGGAGAGGGACACUGUGAAAUUUGUGGUCAUGACCCUCGAGGCCCUGGCGUGGCAUUUGAUCCAUGAGCAGAUCCCGCUGAGUCUGGACCUGCAGGCUGGCCUGGACUGCUGUUGCCUGGCCCUGCAGCUGCCCAGCCUCUGGAGCGUGCUGUCCUCCCCAGAGAUGGUGACCCAUGCCUGCUCUCUCAUUCACUGUGUCCGCUUCGUCCUGGAAGCCGUUGUGGUGCAGCCUGGGGAUCAGCUUCUUAGUCCAGAAAGAAGGAUGAACACCCCAAAGGCUUCCAGAGAGGAUGAAGUAGAUUCAAACACACAAAACCCGGCAUAUAUCACCGCAGCCUGUGGGAUGGUGGCAGAAAUGGUGGAGUCUUUGCCGUCAGUGUUGGCCUUGGGGCAUAAAAGGAAUAGCAACACCCCAGCGUUUCUCACGUCAGUGCUCAGGAACAUCAUCAUCAGCCUGGCUCGCUUACCCCUUGUCAACAGCUACACGCGCGUGCCCCCCCUGGUUUGGAAGCUCGGAUGGUCGCCCAAGCCAGGAGGUGACUUUGGCACAGCCUUCCCUGAGAUCCCGGUGGAGUUCCUCCAGGAGAAGGAAGUCUUUAAAGAGUUUAUCUACCGCAUCAAUGCACUAGGGUGGACCAGCCGCACCCAGUUUGAGGAAACGUGGGCCACCCUCCUUGGCGUCCUGGUGACUCAGCCCCUCGUGAUGGAGCAGGAGGAGAGCCCACCGGAAGAAGACACGGAGAGGACCCAGAUCAAUGUCCUGGCCGUGCAGGCCAUCACCUCACUGGUGCUGAGCGCAAUGACCGUGCCCGUGGCUGGCAACCCAGCCGUGAGCUGCUUGGAGCAGCAGCCCCGGAACAAGCCCCUCAAAGCCCUCGACACCAGGUUUGGGAGGAAGCUGAGCAUUAUCCGAGGAAUUGUAGAGCAGGAAAUCCAAGCAAUGGUUUCAAAGAGAGAGAACAUCGCCACCCAUCACUUAUACCAGGCGUGGGACCCCGUCCCUUCUCUGUCUCCUGCUACGACAGGUGCCCUCAUCAGCCACGACAAGCUUCUGCUGCAGAUCAACCCCGAGCGGGAGCUGGGGAACAUGAGCUAUAAGCUUGGCCAGGUGUCCAUUCACUCCGUGUGGCUGGGGAACGGCAUCACGCCCCUGCGUGAGGAGGAGUGGGAGGAGGAGGAGGAGGAGGAGGCCGACGUCCCCGCCCCCGCGUCACCACCCACGUCGCCCGUCAACUCCAGGAAGCACCGGGCUGGGGUCGAUAUCCACUCCUGUUCCCAGUUUUUGCUCGAACUGUACAGUCGCUGGAUCCUGCCGUCAGGGUCGGCCCGAAGGACGCCCAUCAUCCUGAUCAGCGAAGUGGUUCGAUCUCUCCUAGUAGUCUCAGACUUGUUCACCGAACGCACCCAGUUUGAGAUGAUGUAUCUGACGCUGACAGAGCUGCGGAGGGUGCACCCUGCAGAAGACGAGAUUCUCGUUCAGUACCUGGUGCCCGCCACCUGCAAGGCGGCUGCCGUCCUGGGAAUGGAUAAGGCUGUGGCAGAGCCCGUCAGCCGGCUACUGGAGAGUACCCUGAGGAGCAGCCACCUGCCCAGCAAGGUCGGGGCCCUGCACGGCGCUCUCUACGUGCUGGAGUGUGACCUCCUGGAUGAGACGGCGAAGCAGCUCGUCCCAGUCAUCAGCGACUACCUCCUGUCCAACCUCAAAGGGGUGGCCCACUGCGUGAACAUUCAUAGCCAGCAGCAUGUGCUGGUGAUGUGUGCCACUGCCUUCUACCUGAUCGAGAACUAUCCCCUGGAUGUGGGCCCGGAGUUCUCUGCGUCAAUCAUACAGAUGUGUGGGGUGAUGCUGUCUGGAAGUGAGGAAGCCACCCCGUCCAUCAUCUACCACUGCGUCCUGCGGGGCCUGGAACGCCUCCUGCUGUGUGAACAGCUGUGCCGUCUGGAUGCAGAGUCCCUGGUCAAGCUGAGUGUGGACAGAGUGAAUGUGCACAGCCCACAUCGGGCCAUGGCCGCCUUGGGCCUGAUGCUCACCUGCAUGUAUACAGGGAAGGAGAAAAUCAGUCCAGGCAGAACCUCAGACCCCAGCCCUGCCGCCCCGGACAGCGAGUCAGUGAUUGUCGCGAUGGAGCGUGUGUCUGUUCUUUUUGACAGGGUCAGGAAAGGCUUCCCCUGUGAAGCCAGAGUGGUGGCACGGAUCCUUCCUCAGUUUUUAGAUGACUUCUUCCCACCCCAGGAUGUCAUGAACAAAGUCAUUGGAGAAUUUCUCUCCAACCAGCAGCCAUACCCGCAGUUCAUGGCCACCGUCGUGUAUAAGGUUUUCCAGACUCUGCACACCACCGGGCAGUCAUCCAUGGUCAGGGACUGGGUCAUGCUGUCCCUCUCCAACUUCACCCAGAGGACCCCGGUGGCUAUGGCCGUGUGGAGCCUCUCCUGCUUCUUCAUCAGUGCUUCCACCAGCCCAUGGGUCUCGGCUGUCCUUCCCCACGUCAUCAGCAGGAUGGGCAAGCUGGAGCAGGUGGACGUGAACCUCUUCUGCCUGGUGGCCACGGACUUUUACAGACACCAGAUAGAAGAGGAGCUGGACCGCCGGGCCUUCCAGUCCGUGUUCGAGGUGGUCGCGGCACCAGGAAACCCAUAUCAUCGAUUGCUGACUUGUUUGCGGAAUGUCCACAAGGUCGCCACGUGCUGAGCGCCCACGGGGCAGCGGCACCAGAGCCGGGGGGGCCUGCCCACGCCGGCGUGGCUCCGCACACAGGCCUCCCCUCGAGUCGCGCCAUGCCGGGCAGGUGGUGUCCGGCUCUGCCACGUGGCAGAGGAGCUCUGUGGCAGGGAGGCUGCGUGCAGGGACCAUACGCAGUCACGUGGGGUUGAGCCUGAGUCCUUGCGGAGGGCGGGAGCCGCUGGUCACUAACCCUCUGUGCUGCAGCUAGUGCAAAAUGCCAGCUAACCGGCUGUUCCCGUCCUCUUAGCGCCCACCUGCCUGCGGUCACCAGGCUACAGCUGCUCUUGCGUCCAGGACGAAGUCCUCGGUCUUGCAGGUUGGCCACGGGCCUCUCUGCUGUCCCACAGGCAGAAGGUGGCGCCAGCAGGCUUUCGGGAGCACUCCCCAGGGCUCUGGCCUGGGGGUCAGGGCCACACCCGGCCCCCCGACAGGAAUGCCAUGGGGUGUGCGGGUCGCCGGGGGGGGGGGGGCUGGGAAUGCGAUAUCCAGCGCCACACUUCCCUUUCUCUGUUUUCUUCUCAGGAUUUAAAGUUUAAUUAUAUCAGUAAAGAGAUUAAUUUUAAGGUAACUUUGUAUGCCCGU